UCUCCCCCAGACCAUUUUCAUUCGAUUCUUUUACAACGUGAGGCCGUAAUGUUACCCGCUUCUUCUCACGGACUCGCACCGUAACCAGAAAUAUCUACACAUAGCAAGGGCUGCCGAAGGGAGAUGUCAACCGUUACCGCUUCGCGACAACGCCCCGAGAUCCGGAGAUGUCAAGAAAUAUCCGGGGUCAUCUACGAGAUGACCGCGGCGUUUUAAACGGCCACCAUCGAACCUGCUGACGAUUUCGACCCGGAGAAGGAUGCUGAAACACUACAGGAAGCUAUGCAGGGUUGGGGUACCGAGGAGGGCCCAAUCAUAGAGGUUCUGGCCAAUAGGAGCAACAGUCAGCGGGUGGAGUUAGCCAGCCAGUUCAAGACUAUGUUUGGAGAUGACUUGCUUGAACGUCUGAAAGAUGAGCUGAAGGGUGACUUCGAGGAGACGGUGUUGGCAUUAAUGACGCCCCCUGUCGAGUAUCAGGCGCGCUGCCUGAAGGCCGCCAUGGCAGGGGCGGGGACAUGCGAGGAUGUUCUGAUCGAGAUCAUGUGUACCAAGAACAACACGGAAAUGGAGGAACUGAAAGCUGUCUACAGUGAAUUGUAUGAGGGGGACAGCCUGGAGGAUGACAUUGAAAAUGAGACCAGCGGUCACUUCAAGCGUCUGCUCGUGUCGCUCUGCAAUGCUCAACGAGAGGAGGGAGAAGAGGACGACGUGGAUGAAGAUCUGGCAGAAGAGGAUGCCAGGGAAAUAUACGAGGCAGGGGAAGGCCAGCGUGGGACUGACGAGUCCAAGUUCAACUCCGUGCUGGCCCUGAGGAGCUUCGCCCACCUGCGCAAGGUGUUUGACAAGUACAAUGACCUGGCUGGACAGUCCAUUGAUAAUAUGAUAGACGAAGAGUGUGAGGGGUCCGUGGAGGAUGGAUACCUGGCUAUAGUGAGCUGUGUGAGGAACCUUCCAGGAUUUUUUGCUAAGCGGAUCAACGACGCUUGUAAGGGAAUGGGCACCGACGACACCACCCUUAUCCGCUGUAUAGUGUCGCGCUCAGAGAUUGACCUGGUGCAGGUGAAGGAGGUGUUUGAGUCCCGGUACGGCCGCACCAUGGCCGAGGCCGUGGCUGAUGAGUGCGGUGGAGACUACAAGAACAUGCUGCUCGCUAUCGUCAAGGAUUAGGUCAAUCUGCUGAUGUCCGGGAUUGAUCCUCAAAACACUUUCUCAGGCAGUGGUCAGUCUUUGGGGUUAUUCCGAUGGCUAUGCUGAUGGCUAUCUUUCUUCUAGCUUUGUUGCUUUUACGAGUGAUUCAGGGUUUAAGGAACAAAUCGAGACACGAAUCAAAUAUCAACGAUUAGUACUACAGUUGCAUCUGCAUGGAAUGUGUUCUGUCUCUUGUUGAUCUAACGGAAAGAAAAGUUUCAAUUCUUUCCUGUGAGUACAUCAAUGACGUUGCUAACAAAAUGAUAUCAUACCAUCUAAAAGUUUGGUAUAUGAUGAUGGGCAUACAUGUACUUAUGCAUGGCAUGGAUGUUUAGAUAUGUCAGUAUAUCUACAACGUAUCUGAUAGGUGAAUUAUGUGGAGCAGUUGGCUGAGACAUGAAAAAUAAAAUAUGCCUGUACGGUC